AUGUUUCGAAAAUCACAGCUAAUAUAUUCUUCUUUUAAUAUUUUCGAUCAGAAGUCAUUAGGAAGCUUUCCAUCAGUAAAUAACGCAAUUUAUGUUCAAGUAUUCUUUGUAUUAAAGAGUCAAAGAUAUUUUCUUGAGAAAGUUCUUGAAGAAUGUAAUGAACACUUACAAAAGUCUCCAAAUGAUAGUGAUACACCAACAAUUAAGACCAUCAUUUUCUGGAUAAAUAAACUUCUUCAAGCAAAUUAUGGAACCUUGUUUAAAGAGUCAAGUGCUGCCUUGACAGACGUAAGAUCAAUUAUCCAAGAAUUAGCCGGAAAAGUUGAAUGCGAUGUUCUUUAUCAAUUCUUUAACAUUAUUAUCUCCAUUCAAAGAGCUCUCAUCAAAUUAGUUUAUCUCGAAAAAGCUGAUAAGAAUAAUUCUGACGAGGAAAGAAAAACAAAUAUUGAUUACUUAACUGAAAACUCAUUAAUCUACGAGAACGAAAAAUGUAUAGUAUGCCGAAUUUGCAAUGAGAAAGUUCCGAUCAGUUUGAUUGAAGAACAUACCAAUUCAUGUCUUUCUGCAGUACAAUCAGAGGAAAUACUUACGGAAAAUGAUCAAAAACUUUUUGAGUAUUGUCAAAAAUUUUCUAAUGAGCACUUAGAUAUUCCAUGGCCCGGAGAACAAAUGAAUGCUUGCCGUGUUUAUCUUCCCCACCUUACAUUCUUGUGCAUGCUCGAAAAUGCUUGCCAAGUCGAAACUAUUUCUAUAGAUGCUAUAGAGGAGCUCGAGAACAUAGGUGCGGCAAUUAAUUCACUUGAUAUCAAUAUUAACAAGACGGAAGCUAAGAGCUUGAUCCUCAAAAAGAUUGUAAUCUGUUCUAAGAUCGAACAGGCAAGAGACAUCCUUAGAAUUACCCGCGUUUCUGGAAGUGGAGAAGUACCUAAUGUACAAGCAAAUAUAUCUGAUUUCGAGCUGAUUGAGCGUAUCAGUUCUGGAGCCUAUGCCAGGGUUUACCUUGCCAAGAAAAAGCUUACCGGCGAUAUUUUUGCAAUCAAGGUACUGCCAAAGUCCGGAUUAGUACAGAAAAACCAGCUCAAGCGCAUACUUCUUGAAAAAGAUAUUUUAUUGCAAUUCAACAAUCCAUAUGUUACAAAUUUCUACUAUUCCAUUAUCGGAACUCGUAACCUUUAUCUUGUAAUGGAAUACAUAGGAGGUGGUGACUUAUUCUCCUUAUUAGAAAAAUUUGGUUGCUUUGAUGAAGGAAGUGCUAGAAUUUAUACUUACCAAAUAGUGAGAGCACUCCAAUACUUAUACCAAAACGGUAUUAUCCAUCGCGACCUCAAACCAGACAACAUUUUAGUCACAAGUGAAGGUUAUCUUAAAUUGGCCGACUUCGGACUCUCCCAUCUUGGCAUGAAGAAUCGCGAAAGACCUAACGAUACGAUAGACUUCAGAGUCAAAGAAAAUGUUAUCCAAUCUCAUUCACUCGUUGGAACACCAGAUUACAUCUCUCCAGAGAUCAUUCUUGGUCAACCACACAGUUUUACCACUGAUUAUUGGUCUCUUGGCGUGAUCGUUUACGAGAUGUUGACAGGAGCGAUGCCAUUCCACACCGAGUCGGAACAACACACAUUCAAAAACAUUGUCAAAGGUAUUUACGCUCCAUUGACAGAUGUUUCUCCAGAUGCAGCCGAUUUCGUGAAAAGAUUAUUGUACAGUGACCCAAGAAAGAGACUCGGAUGCCAUGGACCUGACGAGAUUCUUAAUCACCCAUGGCUGAAGGAUCUAGAUGAUACAAAGAUUUCUCCUCCUUGGGUUCCAGAAACUGAUAUACCAAAUGAGAACUUCCAAGAAAGAAGAUUCCCUUCACAAGAUAAGCUUGUUAUUCCAGAUGAUAUCAAUUUGGAUAUCUACGAUACUCUCGCUUUGACAAUCCGACCAAGAAAUUCAAUAAAUUUCGGGUUCAGCUCUCCGGAAUCGUAUGUAAACCGAAUGAGCAGCAGCUGGUUCAGAGAUGAAGAAGAUACAGAGAGUAUCAGUGCGGAUGAUGAAUUAUUAAACUUCCCAAGUGUUCAUAUCGACCAACUUAGUCAGCAGAACAAAGACGAACUGAAGAAGAUUAACGCAUGCAAGUCAUCGAUAUCGUUUACGUUAAACGUAAAAGAACCUGCUUCUUCUAUUCCGCCAAUUACUCAGCUGGAGUCUUCAUUUUCCUUUAGUGGAAAAAAGCGCAGGCUGAGGAAAAGAGCUUUCUCAGAUCUCGGAUCGCUGGACGACUCUUGCAUUGUGAGAAGCUGCCGGCCUCCGACACCAAAAGAAUAA